CGCGUCUCGAUGCGGAUUGCAUCAUGGCGCCUGUGUACAUCUGAGCGCCAAUCACAGAGGCCCGGCGCGCCUAGCGAGGGGCUCGUCGGGCGCGCCGGCGAGAGGGGAUGUGAUGGAGCUGCUGCUGCCCCCCGAGCCCGCAGUCGAGGCGCCGAUGAGGACCAGGAUGUGUUUCCAGCGAGACCUGCUGGCGCUCAACCUCCGCUCGUCCCUCUCGGUCCUGAUCAUGUCUCCAGAGGCGCUCGGAUUCCUGUCUGCAGUUGGGGUCUUCGUGGUCCUGAUGGUGGUCCUCCUUCUAUACCUCAACAACAAGCUGUGUUUUGGAAACAUCGGCGAGCUGUCCCGCCUCGACGACUACCGAAAGAGCAAGGAUGUGCCAGGCAGCGAUUACCCUGACGGGGAUCUGCGUGGCUCUUCCUCGGAGAGCGAAGAUGACAUCCUGGGGAAAUACCAGGAGGCAGUCAGCCGGUCGCAGGGCAGCCGUGCCACCGAUGGGCGCCACCCGAAGGGAUACGUCUGGGAGACCCGGCAGAAGUACACGUCGCUGUCUGCAGAGUAUGACGGCUACAGCAGCGAGGCGUCCACCGAAGAUGUGAACUGCAUCCAGAGGAUGAGGAGGACACCCCCAUUAGACGAGCUGCAGCCUCCUCCCUAUCAGGACGAGGACGGGUCCCCUCGGCUCUCCUGCACCCCGUCAGACUUGGGGGACGGCAAGUGUGAGCUGUCCCACUGCAGCGACAGCCCCCGGCGCUCCUACGGCAAGUGUCCCAGUGAGGGCAGCGCUGGCCACGAGACCGAGAGCUACCUCAACAAGGGCUACGAAGAAGAUGUCCCCAGCGACAGCACGGCUGUCCUCAGCCCAGAGGAUAUGUCGGCCCGUGGAUCUGCUUCUUUGCUCCCGAAAUCCUUUGAGCCGGAGACAAUGGCAAAGUGUGGCACUCUGGACGUGGUGCUCGACUACGACUCCCAGGAACAACGGCUCAUAGUCACGGUGACAGCUGUGACAGACAUCUCCCCCCUGAGUCGGCUGGGGAACACCUCCUGGCAGGUCCACCUGGUCAUACUGCCCACAAAAAAGCAGCGGGCAAAGACUGGCAUCCAGAGGGGGCCGAGCCCCGUCUUCAUGGAGACGUUCAAGUUCAACCGAAUCGAGUCCGAGAUGAUCGGCAACUACGCGGUUCGCUUCCGCCUUUACAGCAUGCGACGCAUGAAGAAGGAGAAGGUGGUGGGCGAGAAGAUCUUCUACCUCACCAAGCUUAACCUGCAAGGCAAGAUGUCGGUGCCCGUUAUCCUGGAGCCUUGCUGCAGUCUCACGGGAUGCGAUUCCCAAAUGAGCAUGUCGGAAAUGUCCUGCAGUGAAAGCACCUCAUCAUGCCAGUCGCUGGCACAUGGUGCCACGCCGGAGAUCCUUGUCGGACUCAUCUACAAUGCCACCACUGGCAGACUCUCAGUAGAAGUCAUUAAAGGAAGCCACUUCAAAAACUUGGCAGCCAACCGACCACCCAAUGGGCUGUUCUGUUGUCUUAAGCACUUGAUAGGCGGACAGGUUUAUAUCAUCCGAGAUACCUACGUGAAGCUCACCCUGCUGAACUCCAUGGGGCAGGAGAUGUCCAAGUGCAAGACGUCGGUGCGGCGCGGCCAGCCCAACCCCGUCUACAAGGAGACGUUCAUCUUCCAGGUGGCGCUCUUCCAGCUGUCGGACGUGACUCUCAUUCUCUCCGUGUACAACAAGCGCAGCAUGAAGCGCAAGGAGAUGAUUGGCUGGAUCUCGCUGGGCCUCAACAGCUCGGGCGAGGAGGAGCUCGGCCACUGGACCGAGAUGAAGGAGUCCAAAGGGCAGCAAGUAUGCAGGUGGCACACACUACUGGAGUCCUAGGGUGUGGACUGAGGGGGGGUGCCACCUACUGGCCUUUUGUGUAUGUGUGUUUAGGGCACAACGACCGCGAUCCAAAGAAACGCUGGCUGCCGGACAAUGGCUCCUUGGGCGGGGCAAGGCGUGCGGAGCCACCCGCCGAAAGAGGAGCCCCAAUCUGUCCUGUCGAAAGUGGCAGCCUGUGCCCCUUCGUGAGGCCGCGCACAAUGCCGUUAUCUCUGCUGUGGGUAUCCCAGGGCACAGCCCGGGGCGCUUUUAUCUGAUAGAUUCAGCAGUUGGCGGAGGGGUCUGGGGUUGCGCCCUCGAUAAUGGCAGUUGGAAGUUUGCUUCCACUUAUUCCCCGGGCAGUUGAACCACAAAUGGGAGCGGGUAACAAAAAAAAAAACAAAACAUAACCUCUGCGGUAUGCCAGCUUCCUCACCCCUGUGUCCCUUGACCAGCUCGCGCUGCAGGUGCCACGUCCUGCCAACAUACAUCUGGGUGACCAGCAAGAUCAACUCGCCUUUAUGAGCAGCACAAUAAAAGGGGCGGGGCUGACACUUGGGAAUGGGGAGGAGCAGCCCCAGUCUAAUAGGCACCCUAAAGGGGGCGGGGCACCUCGAUGAGAGAGGUGCACCCCCAGUUUAAUAGGGGGGAGGGCAGCGUCAUUCUAAUCCACACCCUCAUGAGGGGCGGGGCAUCACCAGUCUAAUCGACACCUUAAUGGGGGGGGUGGGGCAUCACCACUUUAAUAGGCCCAAAUAGGGGAGGGGCUGCCCCACUUUACCAGCAUGAAGGAGCACAAGACCCCUAAUCUCUUAUCAGAACGGCCCCCCAAUGUAAGUCUCUACUGACUUUCGCACACAGUUGACGUGUCUUUAUGUUGAUUUAUAUAGCGCCUUUCACGUCUCAUUCACAAGGUGAGAUAUCAACGAAAGGGUUUGGUCUCAACGUUACGAAGCCUCUUGGCAGAUUUAGAACACAAAGGAGAUGACAGCACAGGUCAGUAGGCAUCGCAGCCCCUCACAGCGGGUCCAUCAUCGAGUACCACGAGGGGCAGACAGAAGCCAACGGCACCGGACACAGGAGAGCUAAAACUCUAAAACGUCUCGAGGUCGUCCCGCUGUGAUGACAGGGAGGGCACCUUGUGGAUGUCUAUGAGGUGGUCCGAGGUUUGAAGUCCCUGAUUGCAUUUAGGAAGAUGUGUGUCCCUCGGGUCUGGGGACAAAACCUGACGAUUGCUGUGAUGCCCUGAAAGCUCAUGGGGGCGCCGCUCUCUUCUGGGUCACGUGCAGAUGUUUGUAGUGGGCCGUGGCUGCCUCUCCUGGUGGGUGGGCUGGUAGAGAGCAGGUAGGACUUUAAGGAUCUUCAGACCUCCACUUGAAGUGGAUGGGACAGGCGAGCGUUAUUGGGGGGCCGGGCUGACCAUGUCCAGCAGUUUUCAGAUGAUUCUGAGGUAGGGACCUGCUGUGUCCAGGAGAGGACGAGAGCUAAAGAAAUCAAAGAUGUGGUCUGUAAGGGUGUGGUGUCCACAGGAGGCAGGCAGUAAGGCUGACAUUGUGAAAGGAUGUGAGGCCCCCCAAAAGACCCUCAGAGCAGGCCAGGAACAGAAGAGGUUCACCCCAAGGCAGCAGCCAGACCUUCACUGCCACUUGCAGGCUUCGGCCUAAGCGGGCCCCAGAAAUGGGCAGGUGGCUUUAGAAGGACUCAAAGGGUUAACGAGGGAGAGGAACGGUCGACUGUAAUCUUUAUAAAGUGAGAGUUUGUUCAGAAAGAUCGGAGAAAUAAAACAUAACGGGGAAGCAAAGAUGAGCCACGAAAGUGAAAAAGUCCCACAGCACGAGCCAUCCACCUAUCCUGAGCAUUGGGCAUGAGGCAGGACCAACAGCCUGCCAGUCCGUCGCUGGGCAUCAGGGGCCAAUAUGGCAUCGUCGACCCACAUGACCUGCAAAUCCACGUGGACACGGGAUGAACGUGCAAACUCUGGGACUUGAACCCUGGUCUCUUUAUUACGAGGCAGCAGUGCCACCACUGUGCCACCCCAACUUAAAUCCAAUAAAGCAGCUCAGUGCUCCACUUAUAAGGCAGAAGGAGGAGGAGGAGCCAGCAGCAGUGAUGUCAGCAUAGCCCCGCCUCAUAGGGCCCCGCCCAUGAAAGACAGGAAAUGGAAGCACACUUAAAGAGUCGGAAUAUCCACACCCAAAAAAAAAAAAAAUACAAAAUGAAGAUAAAUACAAAGGGUGGGGGGUGUCGGGACCCCUGGCUGUAACACAACA